UAUCGUGUUAGGUGUUACAGCUGUCGUAUUUGCAUCAAGAUGGGAAUGCGCCGAGGAAGAAGCACGAAAAAUCCACCAAUCUUCAGCCAUGAGUUCUUUAUACAGAACCAUGCGGAUAUUGUGUCGUGCAUUGCAAUGGUUUUCGUCGUGGGUCUCAUGUUUCAGGCAACAGCCCCAGUAGCCAGCCUUUUUGUAGCUCUCCAGCAUAAUGUCACCAGGAAUGAUUCCUCAUCAGAAGAUGUUGGCUUGUAUACCUAUGGCCGUAAGGACAUCUUCUCUACCAUGUUCUAUCUCCUUAUCUGUAUAGUAGUUCAUGCUGUUAUUCAGGAAUAUGUCCUUGAUAAACUAAACAGGAAGAUGCAUCUAUCAAAAGUAAAGCACAGCAAGUUCAAUGAGUCAGGUCAGCUGUUGGCCUUCUAUUUCGCCUCAGCUGUGUGGGGUGCAGACAUCAUUGUCAGGGAAAGCUACAUCAACAUCAACCAGUUAUGGGAGGGAUAUCCUCACGCAGAAUUAACGUUUGUCGUGAAAUUUUUCUUCAUCUUACAAAUCGCCUACUGGAUCCACUGCUUUCCAGAACUAUAUUUCCAAAAAAUCAAAAAGGAGGAGAUGUCGUCUCGUAUACAAUAUGCUACUCUCUACCUUGUCUUCAUUGUUGGAGCCUAUGUACUCAAUUUUAAUCGUGUUGCCUUAAGCAUGAUGGUUCUGCAUUAUUUGGUGGAGUUUGUCUUCCAUUUAGCAAGACUCCUUUAUUUUGCUGAGAAGAGUGAAUUAGCAAACACAGGAUUCAUGGUUUUUAAUGGGCUGUUUGUCCUGGUCAGACUUGGGACAAUCAUCUUGGCUGUUCUCACUUUCUGGUAUGGCCUUGACCAGAGCAGCCAAGCUUCUGUGGACUUUGCUGCAGGAAACUUUAAUGCUCAGUGGAUCAGAAUCAAUUGCCUAGCUGCGGUAUGUCUUCUUCAGGCGUGGAUGAUGUGGAACUUUAUUAACUUCCAUCUGAGGAGGAGAAGGGAGAAAAGUGCUGCCUCUCGUAGGCUUAAGUCACCAAACAAGAAAAAGAACAAGGUUGUUGAAGAGGACAUCAACUCAUUGCCUGAAGUGGACCAGAACACAGCCACAGAGAAUGGAAAUGUGAGGGCACGAAAGGGCAAAAAGAUGUAAAGAUAUAGUUAUAGUAACAACGGCUGAAACAAAGAAACAGAAAUACUGAAAAUAACAACCUGAAACAAUGUUCAGUGGGGAAAAAUCCAAACAGGAUUGAUAAAACCUUUUUGAUGUGAACUCCUCAAUUCUGGAAGCAAAAAUGAUCUAAUAUCAUGUCUUAACUGUUUCAUUCAAAACAGCAACCUGACUAGUGAUUGGUUGGGCAUUAACAGCUGGAAAACAAACAACCAACAUUUGAUGGAAAAUGAUCAGCAUUUAAUUACAAUCAUGAAAAUAUUUAACACUGUUAAUAUGUGUGAUUCUGGUGUCUGUUGUUGACCAUGUCUCAUUUUUUAUUUUUUAGUUAUAAUGCAUGGUUGGUUGAUCAAGUGAAAUUUUUAUUCUUGCCAUAUAAAAGAAGUACUUGUGUUUGGAAUUAUCUGCUUUGAGCUUGGAAGAUUAGGACGAAAUUAUAUGAAAAUAUUUCAAAUAUUGUUUUCUUUUUAUUCCCCCCCCCGUAAAAUAUUUUUAUCUAAUUUUUAAAAAAGUCCUCGUGUUUGGAUUUUAUCUGCUUUGAAAUCUGAAACAUAACUAGUUCUAAUAAUUUAAGAAAAAAAUGUUUCCACAGAUUCUUUUUUGGGACAAAAUAUUUCUUCGAAUUUUCAAAAAUACUUUAUAUUCCAUUCUUAAGAAUUACUAAAAGUUGAUGUUUCAUCAUUUUCUUUCUUCAUGGGUGGAUAGUCAUUUUACAUGUUUUGUAAUCUCUGCAAUUACAUAAAGAAAUCUCUAUAUAUCAUGUUUUUCAAAGCUAUAAAUUGAUGAUUAGAGCAAGAAUUACACAGAUGGAUUUUGUGUUCAUACGAAAUUUCAAAAUUUCCUCCCAAAAAUCAGAAGAUUUCAACAAAAAAACCUGGGGAAGUAUUUGUAUUUGAUUAGUAAAUAAAACCUCAGUUAAUGACUCACAGGAAAGACUCAUAAGAUUUUAUGAUGGUUUAUAAAAUACACAAAUAUACUGGUAUUUAACUAGAAGAUUUUUUUAAUGUCAUUAGACACAGAGAUUGAUUGAGAAACAAACUGUAAAUAACUGAAGCAUAAUUACUAAAAGACAUUUCAAGUAUAACACCUGUUCACCCAAAGCACAUCAGGCUUCAUGUACCAACCAAGAAGUCAGUUGGAAAUAAUAGACAGGAAACCGAACAUCCAAGAAGUCUAAGGGACAGGUAGUUGUUUUACUGGAAAUGCCCUAAUCUCAAUGUUAAAUAGAAUUAAUCUUAAAAGGUAUUCAUUAUAUUUGGCAGCAAAAUGUGAUUAAAAUGUCAUACAGCAUUCAUUGAUAUGAUCCAUAGAUACAAGAACCCAUUAGAAAAUGAAACUUACUGUAUACAGUAAUCGGGUCAAUGAAUUUUGGAGUGAAUACUUGUAGGCUGUUGUUCUUCACUUUUUACGCUUUAGUUGUAUAAUUGGAAUGUAUUUUACAAAAAUAUGCUUCAAAAAGCUAUCUUGCUUGAGACAUAUUCAAAACUUGAAUGUAUUUUGGCCAAAAUUUGUAAUUCAUUUGUUGUUGAAUGUUGAAAGUCGGGACCAAAAUCUAGUGCUGCAUUCAUUAUGAUUUUCAUAUAAUGCAAACUUGACCUUGUCAUGACGCCUACAUGUCUACACACAAACCAGCCAAUCCAUGCCAUAUUUAAGCAUAAAGAGAUAACUGAUAGAUUUUGACCUCUAAAUUAAGUUCAGUCUGUGUGUUCUGCUAAGAAACCUAGAAUUUUCUCUUUAAUUAAUUGAAAUUCAAUUGUCUGAGGAUUGAAAUUUUGAUUUGAUUUCCUUUUUUUCCAACUUAAGAGGAGAUAAAUGAAAAUUAAGCUAAUUUCUUCCUUGUAAAAUCGGAACCAAUUUCAAAGUGUAACCCAGAACAAAAUUACUGGAUGAAAUUUCAACAUAUAUCAAACUUAAGUCCAAAAAAAAAAAAAAAAAAAUUCCAAGAAUUAUUUUUGGAAAUUAUCAUUUUGAUUAACAUGCAUCACAAUAUCAUGGUUAAGAUUCCUGAGCAGUCUGGCUGGUUUGUUGAUUACACCCCUGAUUUGGGAUGAGUAUGGUUUGUUGUUAAAACCAAAAAUUUUACUGUAUCAGUAAGAAGGAACUAUGAUAUGUCAUUAUAGGUGACUGUAGAAAAUGUUUCUGUCAAUUUUGUUGUUGGUGCUUUCCUGGUACAUAUGUCCUCUCAUGAACAUUAGUUCAUCGAUUUAGCUGCAAAGUUGAUAAGAAAAAAUGAAAAAAAGACUAAUACAAUAUACACUUAGUUGUGUUGAAUUUCUUUAAUGUCAAAACAGAAUUAUGAAGAAAAUAUUCUUUUUCAGUAUUUUUCAAGUAAUCAUCAUGAAUUUCCUCAUUGUAUGCAUAAUCAACAGGCAUGUAAGGAAAGCUUUAAUGUUGUAUAUACUUGGAAUCUGGAUACACUCACCAGACUGCUUCGAUUGUUAAUUCUUUAUUUUGCAUCACAUACAAAUUCUCAAAUUUUAAAUAGAAAUGGUUUUAACGCUGUAAAUAUGACAUCUUACAUGUCAAUCUUUUUGAUUCUCUUUUCUUUCAUCUGUUCCUUGCCAUACUUGUAUAAUUAAAACACCCUUGGCUUAAUUUGUAGAAGUCUGUAGGUUUGUAUUGUAGGCCUUGUGGCAAUCCAUGCGACCCUUUACUGGGGAUAUAUCAGUUUAAUACUUGCACUUUACAGGUUAGAAUUUUGCAUGUGUAAAAUCUAACAUGUCAAAUUGGGUAUUCUACACCAAAAAUAAGUAUGUACCUCUUUGUUCUGUGUAUUUCUGGUUCUUUGUCAACUUGACUCCUUUUACAGAGGUAGGGCACUUUUUCAUUAUCAAUACUUUAUUCAUGUUAAUAAGUUUGCCUUCCUCUAAUUUUUUUUUCUUUGAGGAUGGAGAAUGAAUUUGCUGAAUCAAUGCUUCAAGACAUUAUUGCUGUGACAUUGCAAUAUUAGAUUUCCCUCUCAAUGUAUCAUGGGUGAAGUUUAUCCAUUUUGUUUCAGCUUCAUUUCAUUUCUUGUUACAAAAGAUUUCACAAGGAAAUUUAUUCAGGUAAAUAAUCUGAUACAGCUUACCCCUCAUAAUUCUGCAAGAAAAUCAUGGAUUUAUAAAAAUAAAAAUACACUCUCAAAGUUAGGAAUAUACUAUAUAAUGGCAUAGAUUUGAUAACCUUGUACCAAGUGCUAUACUCUGUCAUGGUAAACUCAGGAUAAGAUUUCACAUUGUAAAACAUUGUUUCUCUGUGGGAAAGAUCUUUAGCUGUUCUGUGUAUAAAUAUCAUUUUUACUCUCAACUGACGUGAUAAAAUUCAGAAAAUAUAGAAUAUAACACAGUCUUACAUUUAAUGUGAGUCUGUCAUAAUGCUGGCAUUGUAGUCUAUGUAGAACAGAUAGAAUAUAAAAAAUAUUGUACAUGUAGUGUUUUUAUGUUAAUAAAUAAAAUGUUAUUGUUUUGAUGUUGUAUGACCUUUUAUUUGUAUAAAUAUUUUUAGUUUUAGUUACAAAAAACCCCCCAAAAAACAUGAAAUGAAAAAAGAUUUCCACAUAUUUGCCAACAAACAGAAUUUGACAAUAUUGCAAACAAAUCAUGUUCGAAUAAAUUUGGUAAGGUUUGCAUUCUUAUUGUAUUAAAUAUUGAUACUAUCAGCUGGUAAAUAGCUUUGUAAAUAUGGCCAGGUGUACACAAACAUUGGAACUGGUGUUUGAUUUGAAAUAGUUUCAUGCACAAAGUUGUUUAUAUUAAAAAGUUGUACCAAUUUAUGAACUGUAGCUAAGAUUAAUUAAAGCAAAAUGUGAAAAUAAUUUCAUGCACAAAGUUGUUUAUCGUAAAUGUAACGACAAAAACAAUAAAUUUCAAAAUCAGUGUUAAGACAUUGUAGUUUGGUUUGUCACAAAGUUGAUAUUCAUUAUAGUAUGAACUUUGAUAAUUAAGAUGACUUUGUCUCUGAAAAUGGUUCCCAUACAAACACUAGAGCCAUGUAUUUAUAAGAUUAAUAGCAGUAGUCAGUUUAUCAGAAAGAAAACAUUUCCAGCUGGAAAACAAAAUAACUUUAUGAAUUAAAAUGUGUCCACAGAAGAUGCAUGGCAAACUUGUCAAUGACAGGCCAUUGAAGUUUUAACUCGCAUCUGUAGACAUUACUUGUUGGUACUAUUCUUAAUUUCUCACAAUCAAAAUUUUAAGCAUUUUAUCCUUAUAUGCAAUUUUACACAAUGUUGAAUUUGUAUGUCCACAAUAAUUAAUUUUUUUAAUAAAUAUUAUAAUAAUAAGUGAUAUAACAAAUAUCAACAACUUACACGAAAUACAAUAAGGGCAAUCAUAUUUUAUCGCAAAAAAAGAUCAACAAAGGCACUAAUAUAAGAUUAUUGCUGAAAUUUGCAUGUUUACAGUAGUUGUUUGCAGCUUGCAAACUUGAUCGGUAACAUUAAAUCCUUUGGAAUAUGCAUGCCUCUUGUGUCUAAGUCAGGAAUUGUUGAAAUGUAUGUGAUUUCAGAUAUAUUGCAGGCAUCUUGCCUCUUUCUUGAGAAAAUCUACAUGCAUUUAGUGACAUGAUAAUUGUGAUAUAUAUGUCAUGAUAAAUCGCAUUUUUUUUUUUUCUUUUUAUAAUUCUUGGUUACGUAAUAUUGAUAGAAUUGUGCAUACAUUUCAUAUGUUAUUUAUGAAAACUGUUCAGAGACAUUUUUCAGUUUUAAAUAUCUAGCUCAAUAGAAUGAAAAUUGUUGUUUCCAAGGCCUUGUGUGAAAAAAGACAAUUAUGUUCCUUGAAAUUAUAUACAAUAUGUAUGAAGUUGUAUUAUGGUUGGUGAAGCUGAACAGACCUGCUUUUCUAGUCAGAAGUUUAAGUCGAAACAAUAACAUUUUUUCACAUUAAAUGAUGUGAAAUCAUCCUGUGUUUUUGUUUUACUAUUUUUUCCUUGCUUAAUUUGUUAGUAAACCAGCCAGAUCUGGAUACACAUGUACAUGAUUUUUAUCUUAUUUUUUUCCUUUUUAAUGUUUGGUUAUCAGAUAUCAGAGAAAGUGAAGAAAUGAAUAGAUUUGCUGUAUAAUUUGAUUUCAUUAAAGUGGUGAAGGGAGAACAUUAUUGUAGUUAAAUGGUUGUAAUCAUUUAACAGAUUCUUGGAAAGGAAAUAAGUCAAAUGUUUUGGUUUGUCUUCAUAUACAUAUUCAAUUGUAUUCCGGCAACUCAGUAUUGUUCAAUGAAUCGUCAUAUCUUUUUUAUGAGAAAAAAUAGAUUGUUCUUAAUAUUUGUUGUGUUAAUAUGUCUCCCACCAAUUAAUCUUGUAACAAAUUAAAAAAUAAAAAAAAUCCUUAAGAUUAUGUUUGGAGGUAAUGUGUAGGCCCCUUGUGGUUUUUGUUGGAUCAGUAUGUGUAGGAAUUUUAAUCUUUUAUAACUGAUCUGACUCCAUGAAUUAGCAAGAUUUUAUUCUAUACAACAAGCUGAAUUUUGAAUCCCAAGAUUUUUCAGAGAAGCUCAACAAUUUAAAUGGAACCUUUAUGAAAAUAAUCUAAAUAAAAAUUUAAAGUUAGAAAUUAUCUUUCAGUUUCCAAUCUUGAAAAUGCAUUUUUGAUUAUUUAUGAAAUCAGAGGUAGUCUUCAAUGUUUCCUGUAAGAUGACUCGCGUCUUAAAAUCCAAAUAUUGUUUAUUGUAGGCCUAGGUUGAAUGGUAUUAACUCUGUUUCAAUACCUUCAUAUCAAUCAACACUUUGAACAGAAUUAUAUUUCCAUUUUUUUCAUUUGUUCAAUUUAGGUUGUAAAUUGGAGACGGGAAAGCAAGCUUAAAGCUUAUAGACUGGUUGAAAAGUGAUUGCGAAUUAUGUUUAUUUCCCAAAAAUGAAACAUUUAACAAAAUGUUUCAGCAUUGAUAUUGAAUUGUCUAAUAAAAAUUUCUGACCUUACAAUCCUAGAAAUUCUAUUUUACAAAG